AGAGCUAACUACCAUAGAGUCAUUUGUUACUAUGGCAACUAGAACCAAACCAACAACAAAUGAAAUGACUACUGAGGCUAGUGCCCAACCAACAACAAAUGAUAUGACUACUGAGGCUAAUGACCAACCAACAACAAAUGAUAUGACUACUGAGGCUAAUGACCAACCAACAACAAAUGAUAUGACUACUGAGGCUAAUGACCAACCAACAACAAAUGAUAUGACUACUGAGGCUAAUGACCAACCAACAACAAAUGAUAUGACUACUGAGGCUAGUGCCCAACCAAUAACAAAUGAUAUGACUACUGAGGGUAAUGCCCAACCAACAACAAAUGAUAUGACUACUGAGGCUAGUACCCAACCAACAACAAAUGAUAUGACUACUGAGGCUAGUGCCCAACCAACAAAAAAUGGCAUGACUACUGAGGCUAGUGGCCAACCACCAUCAACAAAUGAUGCAAGAACAAUAGAAAUUUCCCAACAAACAACAACAACUGACCAAAUUUCAACAACAUCAUCUCGGAAAAACCAAGAACCUCAAAAUCAGUUUUUUCUGAAGGAUAUUGUUGAAGAUGAUGAAAAACCUGAAGUCUAUGUACCUAUUAAGAGAAUGGAAGUGGAACCAGAAGAGGCAAAGUAUGCUGGUAUAGUUGGAACACCUCCUCUACUUUUCAUGGUUAUCUUUAUUGGACUCAUUGUGCUGUCUGAUGCAAAGAAAUUAGGAAAAGAUAUGCGAAGGGGGUUUAGGAACAUUCAAAGUGCCAUAGAGACACUGACUGAAAGAUGGAUAACUGAGAAUGUGGAACUAAAACAAGAGAUUUACAAUGAUAAUGUGAUGGAACAGACAAGUGGAGAGUUAUGUCAUAAGACUGACAAAGGCAUCAAGGAUAACAUAAAUGUGAUAGAAGAGACAAGUGAAGUCUGAAACCACAGAAACAAGGUACUGUGUUUAGUGAUUAUUUAAUCAUUCUCAUCAUUACAUCUAGGAUUGUUAAUAAAGUAUAAUAGUAUCAAAAAUGGAAAGGCCCUACCAUUAAGCUUAUGGAGUUGGUUUGUGAGAUAUACUUUGCACAUGUUUGUUGAAACAAACUUUGGCGUCAAACUGUAUUCCACUGGGUUUCGAGUGAGCGAGCAAGAUUGUACAUUUAAUUUUAUCGCACAUUGUAUUUGAAACUUCCAUAGAAUUUAUAACAAUAUGGCAAUCACCUUAAAAUCAUAGUCGUGCAAAUCAAUAUCACUGAACACAUUCACUCUAACUGUUCCUUUGUGUUAGCUGCCAUUUUGAAAAUUUC